UUAUGAAAGUGUUCCCCCUGUUGCACAUCCAAGAAUGACUGAGGAUGAGCACUGUUACAAAAUAUUACACCCAGUCACCCGUCCAUUUUUUUUGAAUUCUCAAAAAGAUUAUGAAGUUCGAUUGAACCGUGCUAUAAAAGGAUCGAAAAAAAGGCCGGAUUUUGCCUGUGUUUUGAGUGAUAUUACUUUUUUAAGCUCCAAGAUUGAACCAUUGGGAUGUACUCCCCUGCAGCAAAAAAAAGACAGCAUAAAGGUUCAAUUAGAAGGCAGAAAGUCAAUUAAUCAGCAACUUGAGUCGAAAGGUGGUCCAUGCGAAGUUGCAUUAUUAACAAAUUUUGGUGAUUUGGUAAGCUCCUUUAUAAUGGAUCUGAGGUUCGACGGUUUAUACCGUUCUUGGUCAUUUCGCACUACUCGGCUGGUAAUUGAUUAUACAACGAUUCCUUUGGCAGAAUAUUCGCUGAGUCAUUUUGCAGCUUUGGAGGGAUAUGUGAGCAAGAUCGUAAAGGAUUAUAAAAAAAGAAGUGAUCAAUGUACAUCACCAUUUCAGAUUAAAUAUAUGCGACAGCUUCCUAAUUCACCUCAAAUAAAACAGCUGUUAAAGUCAUAA